AUGUUGAUUUGGUCUUUUAUCGUUUCUAACCUGCAAAUGUUUCUCUGCAAUGUGUGAUCUUUAAACUUGUGUGCUCUGCAUCUGAAAAAGAUGAAUUCAAACGAGAAUAAUAGUGUUUUACGUUUAUUCGAAACUAAACCAUGUUUAAAAGUAUGUGCACCAAUGGUACGUUAUAGCAAGUUACAGUUUCGACAACUUGUUAGACUCUAUGAUUGUGACUUGGCUUUUACACCUAUGCUACUGGCUGAUUCUUUUAUUUUGAGUAGUAAAGCAAGAAAUAAUGAAUUUACAACAAGUAAAAAUGAUUCACCAUUAGUUGUUCAAUUUGCAUCGAAUAAUGUUAGUGAUUUCGUUGGAGCAUCGGUUCUAGUUAGCCCAUAUUGCAAUGGUGUGGAUUUAAACUGCGGAUGUCCACAAAGAUGGGCUAAAAAGUUGGGUCUGGGUUGUGAGUUAAUGAACAAUCCAGAAAUAAUAUGCUCGAUGAUAAAAGAAUGUAAAUCAGCGAUAAACAAUCAAAACUUUACGAUUUCUGUAAAAACACGCAUACUUUACGAUAUAAGAAAAACGGUUGAUUUGUGUCAGAAACUAGACAAAGCUGGUGCUAGCUUUUUAACAAUUCAUGGCAGAUAUCCAGAUGUAUCAUCUGGUCCUGUCAAUACAGAUGCAAUCAAAUUAAUUUGUGAGAAUGUGUCAUGUCCUGUAAUUGCAAAUGGCGGAGUAGAAACACUAGAUGAUUAUAAUAAUUUAUCAAAACUUACAAAGUGUAAUGGUGUAAUGGCUGCAAAUGGAUUAUUAUCAAAUCCGACAUUAUUUACAGGCGAAACUUAUGAUUUUCGAGCAGCGCAAGUUGUCGUAGAACACUGGAUUCUGUUAUGCUACUAUAACGUCUUAAUGAAAUCAAGAAGAUACAUUUUAAACAAUGUUUUUGACUUAGGUAAACCGGAUAAUAUAACUUUUCAAUGUUUUCAUCAUCAUCUAGUGUUUAUGCUCGGUAGGAUAUUAAAUAGAAAACAGAAACAAGUAUUUAACAAUUUAAAAAGCUUUUCGGAUGUGUUACAUUUUAUAUGGGAGAAUAAUUUAUUUAGAAAUCCGCCGUUUAUAAUUAGAUGUUGUAGUUUAAUUGAUAACGAUAUAAUAGAAAUGCCAUUGGAUUAUGAUACGAAUAAUAUUUAUGUAAAAGCAAGCAGUGCUGCUUCACAUCAAAGUGAAAAACUUGAUGGAGAAAGUCGAGAUGUAACGAAUGGGAAAUAUUUUAACGAUUUUACAUUAAACGAAUUGUUUGUUUAACAAAUUAAACUAAAAAAUAGAAAUAUUUAUUCUUACCAUGA